AUGCUUCACGGCAGUUCCAGGAUAGUUAGGGUACUAAGAAAAGAUGGGUUUUUAGUAGGUGAUGAAGAAAUUAAGUGCAGAAACAACCAGGGAAGACAAGCAAUUAGACAACUCAACAGUAUUUUAUGGGAUAAGGCCGUAUCAAAAGAAAACAAACACAAAAUUUAUAACAGCAUAGUUAAAAGUAUCAUUAGUUAUGGUAGUGAAGUAUGGCCUUUGAAAGAAAGAAACCUUAAGUUACUCGAAGCUACAGAAAUGGACUUUUGGAGGCGCGCGGCCGGAAAAUCGCAACUGGAUAGAGUUAGAAAUGAAAGAAUUCGAAUAUCAGAAGACAUCAAAAUUAACCAACUCAGGUGGUACGGGCACGUACAAAGAAUGGAAGAGAACAGAAUCCCGAAAAAAAUACUCAAUUGGACACCACAAGGCAAAAGCAAGAGAGGGAGACCUAGACGGAGUUGGAGAGAAGGAAUAGACGGGGACAUCAGAACAAGAGGAAUAGACGAAAACCUCUGGACAGACAGAGACCAAUGGAGACUGGAAAUCAGAAGACGUCGAAGAACGUUAUAA